CAGCCGUUUUUGAGAUGGAAGACAGUUCAACGGUCCAAAAGCUAAUGGAAAACUUGGAGCCCUUGGUGGCCCUACCGACCAGUGUAUUCCAGAUACGCUCGAUCAACCAAACUCUGGAACGCAGCGUUCACCUUUCGGAUAUCUUGCGGAGGAAAGAUGUCCAGGAAACAGCAGGAAGUCUCAACUGUGAACUAACUGUCGUUGCAGGUGAGCAAGCAGUAGCUUCGCUGAGGUUCUAUGAACACGGCGAAUGCGAUAGGAGGGGGUUGCUAACCCUACCAGCCGAGGCUUUGCUUGUUCUUCGAGCGCCGUCCCCUGGCUUCUCGUCCCCCAGUUCCGAUUCGUUCCGAGAUAGUGUGGCACGGGUUUCGCCAGCCCUUGCAGGCCUUGACCAAGCUCACUUGAUGCCUUCGGGCUUUGGAUUUGAGGUCCGAAAUUUAGCCGGGAGCUCAGCGAGCGAGGCUCACUCCACUGCGGACGAGGAUAGCGAUCAGGUGGAAGCCAUGGAAGUGGACGACGCGGAGAGUGAUGGCAGCAGUGGGUCCGACCGGAGGUGCACGGUUGAGCGGCGCGACUGCUGUGCCUGGCACAAGUGCGGUAAGCCGGAUACGAGACCGCCAUAUGCCCGCACUUUGCCGGAGAACCGCCGCUAUGGCGUCGUCAUCUCCAAUGCCGAUUGUUGCGCCGAGACCGACUCCCUCGCGGUAAUGAAUCACAUUUCUGAACUGUCCGAAAGGUGCGUGACUCGACACCUGAAGUUCUCAAAGUGCACCGCCCUGGCCAGGUUCGAUCAAUACUUGCUGUUGAUCACGAGGAACGAGAAAACGGCGGAAUGGGUAUUAGGUGCAGUUGAAAGUGUGUGCCCGCCGCACACCGGGCACACCUUCAUUGACUUCUUUAAGCUAGAGUACUGCACCUUUAUAAAUCCCAUAGUCGAGGAGAGAAAGCCGCUGUGUGCCAUGUUCGAGCUGAUGGAAGCCCAGAAUGUUGGCUUGAGCACGGCAAAGUGGACAGUCACCGGUCGGACCCCUCUCGAUCCCUGCUGCGAUGAAUACGACACGGUCACAGGAUGCUGUGAGAAUGAGCUAAUAGAGCUAUACAUCGAUGCCGAUAGCCGUAAGCUGCUGGAGAACCAAUGCUCGAAAGUAAUAUACUUUAUGUUUCACUUGAAGUUUACUUUCGACUGUUGAACUUCUCCCUUCCUCUUUUUUUGGCUUUUUUAAAUUUAAUUUUCUUGGUAAUCGGUUCCAAAUUCGGUUUUAAAUUUUGCUUCUAAAUUUAUUGUUUGCUCUGAGACGGCAAGUGCAACAAGAUCUACAAUGGCAAUGAGAAAAAUGUGCAAGUAUUCAAAUUGGAUGUAGCAAAUAUGAAUAUUGUUUGUGAACUAGCAGACAGGUAAAUGAAGUGGAGAGCAGAUCUGGACAACAUCAAGCUGUACGGAU